AUGUCAACAGCGCUGUUGGCAGCACGCGCCUGUGCACGGACGAUACUGUGGCAAAGUCUCCGUCUCUCUGCUUUUCAAGGCGCCGUCCCACAUGUACUGCUCGUGGUAGACCGAUUGCCGUGUACGCUGCAGAAGGUGCUUCUUGAGGGUUAUAUGCAGGAACUGGACGCCAUCAACAUGGGGUCGUCCAACCCGGUAGGAGGCCCGCCUCGUCUUGAUCUCGACCUUCUUGCGACAACGCCCUCCUACAGCGACGGAUUGGACAAGGACUGGAAGGUGACAUACGGUGUAUUGCCCUUUUCCGCAGGGUCCUUCUUGGAGGAUGUGCAAACGUUGCAGGCGUUUUUGCGUCAGUGUGGUGCGCCCGUUGAUACGGAAGAAGGGGGAAUUGGCGGACGGUGGUCAGAAGAAAAGAUGAAAGGUGUCCUUGACUCACUGGCACCCAUUUUGUCGCCAUACCGUGCUGACGACAAUGCCGGUGGCUGUGUUGAGUGGAAAGAUGCCCUUCUUCGCACUUUGCGUGCGGGGCAGCCACGUGAGUUGCUGGGCUGUAUACUCAUUCAACGUAAUGCUUUUCAGAAUGAACUGGAGAAAUACCGCCUGCGACUGGACCUCUUUAAAAUGGGUCUCCGAGUCGCUGAACAUAACCACCUGGAGUGUAUGAGUCGCACGGCAGAUACUCUCGCCAGCGGGAAGGAUGGCGGAAGCAGGGAACGAUGCUUGGAGGAAGAAGAGAUUAUUUAUUACAUGCAAUCAUGUUCGUUGCAACCACAUGUGGCGGAGUCAAUGGGACGCGCCAUUGCCGAUUCCAUUGAUGCAUUGAGCUGGUCGAGGCGAAUCGUUGCUGCUGAUGGAAGCGAUGGCGUCAAAUUGGACGUGGUACCUCCCGCAUCCUUCUAUGAGUCACUGUCCAACGCUGAUUUGUUGUCCGUCUACAACGCGGGAGUGCUCCGUUGGGAGGGAAGUUGCUACGAGAAGAACACGGCCACGGGGAUGGAUCCUUCCGCCGCGUCAUGGAAUAUUAGCGGUCCAGGGGCACCACUUCGUAUCAUAUGUCAAGACGGUCAAGUGUUGAGUUUUGAAGGCGGACUGGAGGAGUGUUUGCUCAACACCGGCUACUAUGCCGCCGCACACGCACCGGAGCGUAAUUGUGUUCAGGGUCACCGUCAGCGCUUUCCUGUGCGUGAUGCUGGUGAGGCGAAUAAAUUGGAAGAAGGGGCGGAGGAAAAAGAGGAGGGAGACAUUGCAUCUAUGCGCAAGGCCAGCGAUGCAGAGAAACGAGGGCGUUUAAAAAAGAAGGAGUAUUUGGCAAUGUUAAAACGUACAGGGAAGAAAAAUGCGGCGGGACGCACGUCCUCCCCAUUUGAUGAGAAUGACGAUGGCGUUCGCCGUCGUGGCAAUGACUGCGGGGCGUGUGUAGGAAGCAGUAUUGGCGGAACAUUCCCUGUUGGAGAGGUCAUCAGUGAGUCCUUUGACCUGAGCAAACUGAACGGAUCCUGCUCCGUCUUUGCAUACCCGAGCCUCUUUAAGGAAGUCACCAUGUCGGAUCUAAAUCCGGUGACAAUGCGCAUCGAGAAUGGGAUCGUCACGGACAUUGGGCCCAAUGCACCGGAGGAGCUUGUGGAAUUGGUCAGUCUGGUGCGACAGGCAGAGGGAGCGUGCUACGUACGAGAACUCGGUAUUGGUCUCAGCCCGCAUGUGGGCAGGGGCCGCAUUGUCAGCGAUGUGACGGCGUUUGAGCGUCAAUUUGGCGUGCACGUCUCACUUGGGCAGCGUCAUCCACUCUUUGUAAAGCAGCCGGCGAAGUGUAAUGCGGAUGGAUCGGUGGCCGUGCAGGUGGAUGGACCGGUGCUGAAACGUAAGGCGGGAAAAUAUCACAUUGACGUCUUUCUCGACGCUGCACGACUUGAAAUGGGUGCGUUUGUGGUCGAUUUCACGAAGGGUGUGUGUUCUUUUUCGUCGUCGUCGGCGGCGGCCGUGGCGUGUGCAUGA